ACCUAGUCAAAGACAUACCAGGGAACUGGUAUGACGCUAUGACAUGGAUCGGAGGAAAAUAUGAAUGGAUGAUGGAUGACUGGUUUUGGGUGGACGGAGCACCGUUCAGCUAUACAAACUGGAGAUGGAAUGAGCCGAAUAACUACUCAGGCGACGAGUAUUGCGUGGAGAUGUACAAAGGAGGCUUUAAGAGUCCGGGGAAGUGGAAUGAUUAUCCGUGCUACACGAAAAUGCAAUCGUUUGUGUGCAGAGCAUCGAGUUUGAAGUUCCAUGAAGACAAUA